AGUAGCAUCUGCUUCGUCACUUCCGUCAUAUUCAACAUGGAGUCCAGUGGUGUGAAGCUCAAUUUCUGGGAAAACGGGCCAAAGCCUGGGCAGUUUUACAACUUCCCUGGGACUUGUAGCACCGGUACCGCUCCAUCAUGUGGCCCGGUUAGACACACGCUAAACCCUAUGGUAACUGGAACAUCAGUGCUUGGUGUGAAGUUCACCGGCGGGGUUAUCAUUGCAGCUGACAUGCUGGGUUCUUAUGGCUCUCUGGCUCGAUUCAGAAACAUUUCCCGCCUUAUGAAGGUGAAUGACAACACUAUCCUCGGAGCAUCUGGGGACUAUGCUGACUAUCAGUACCUGAAGCAGGUCAUUGAACAGAUGGUCGUUGAUGAGGAGCUGCUGGGUGACGGCCACAGCUACAGUCCCAAGGCCAUCCACUCCUGGCUGACCAGAGUUAUGUACAACCGUCGCAGCAAGAUGAAUCCUCUGUGGAACACAGUGGUCAUUGGAGGCUUCUACAAUGGGGAGAGUUUCCUGGGUUAUGUGGACAAGCUGGGUGUUGCUUAUGAGGCUCCCACAGUUGCCACUGGUUUUGGAGCGUAUCUGGCUCAGCCCCUGAUGAGAGAGGUGGUGGAGAAUAAGGUGGAGAUCACCAAACAGGAGGCUCGGGAUCUUGUGGAACGCUGCCUCAAAGUGCUGUACUACAGAGACGCUCGCUCCUACAACAGGCAUGAGAUAGCUAUUGUGACCGAGGAGGGUGUGGAAAUCAUUGGUCCCCUUUCAUCAGAAACUAACUGGGACAUCGCUCAUUUGGUUAGCGGGUUUGAAUGAAGACAAGCUGGAACAAUUUCUUGCUGCAUCUAAACUAACUUCCCACCAUCCAACCGUUCUAUCUAGUAUAGUUUCUUUUUCUGUUAAUGGUCACUUUUGUAUAAUGGAAAAUAAAUACAAUAAAU